AUGUUUAUGACAAAAAAUGAGAACGACCACGGAGUGAACACGUUUUCUUCUGAAGGACGAUUGUUCCAAGUGGAGUACGCUACCGAGGCUAUGAAACUUGGGUCGACUGUUGUCGGUAUCAGAACCAACGAGGGUGUUGUUAUUGCUGUCGAGAAGAGAAUUUCGUCACCAUUAAUGAUCAGCAGCUCCAUUGAGAAGAUUAUUGAAAUAGAUGAUCAUAUCGGAGCCGCAGUGAGCGGUUUAACAGCCGACGCAAGGACGUUAAUCGACAACGCUCGUCUUGAGGCACAAAACCAUCGAUUCAUGUAUGACGAACCAAUUAACGUCGAGGUCGUGUCUCAAGCAAUCAGCGAUUUGUCACUGAGAUUUGGUGAGGGGUCUGGAAAGAAAAAGAUGAUGAGUCGACCAUUUGGCGUCGCCUUGUUGGUAGCAGGUGUCGACGAAACAGGGCCAAGACUGUUCCAAACAGAUCCAAGUGGAAUGUUCUUGGAAUUUUACGCGAAGGCUACUGGAGCCGGGACGGAGGCCGCACAGAGCAUCUUACACGAGAAGUAUAAAAAGGAGAUGACCCUUAGAGAGGCGGAGGUGUUGGCACUUUCCACGCUUAAACAGGUCAUGGAGGAAAAGUUAUCUGCGAAAAACGUCGAGGUCGCGCUUGUUACUGUUGAGAAGAAAAAGUUUGAGGUUAUGAAUGAAGAGUUCAUUGAAUCACUUAUCAAAGAAAUUAAAGACGAAAUCAUCUAA